GUAGGUGGAGCCACGCCAUCACAUUAGACUCAUGAUCAUGACCUGUGGAGUUUUAGAAGGUUCUGCGGUUGGAGCUGAGGAAGAACUAAAACUGUACAAAGAAACAGGAAGUUCAGUGCAUUUAUGCCCCAGUGAAGACGAAGAAGACGAAGCCGUUUGGGUUCAUCGUUGAACUGGUCUGGAACGGAAUUUAGACAUGAAUCUGUGGACGGUCCUGGUGGUUCUGGUUUGUGCUGAGGCUAAGGCACCGGUUGUGGACUAUGAGGUGGAACUGGGUCAAAACAUCACGUUGAACUGCUCUGUGGACGUUGAUAAAACUCACUGGUUUAUGAAAGUCCACAGUGGGAUUCAAAGCUGGAUCAGCCGCAACAUGGACGUUGAAGGCAAGCAUGUCCAGUACUACGUCUUCCCUCACGUCAACAAAUUCUUAAUCCAGGGAAACAAACUUCAGAUCCUAAACAUCAGUCACCAGGACCUGAGGACUUACUGCUGUGGACAGAAACAAGAGGGGCCCACGGUGUGGUGUAAUACCACCUACCGCCUGAAACUCGUCAAAUCUGAUUCAACUCCACCCCCAAACAACACAUACACGGACCCCCAGGACCAGGACCAGAGCUGGACUCAGUGGGUCAUAUGGCCCUCAUUGGGCCUCAACGCCGUCCUCAUCGUGGUUGUAACAGGUUUUGUUUUGAAAUCAUUGUGUCUGAAGACACAGAGGUCCACCUCCCACCCAUCAGCUGUGACCAAUCAGAGUCCAGAGACGCUGGAUGGCGCACAGUACGAGGAGAUCAACCUGGCCGCCUACAGGGACCCGCCUCCUGACAAUCGUCUUCGUGAAUGUAUUUACUACAAGGCUCAGCUUCCACGUUCUUCCCACUGAGCUGGUUCUGGAAGAUCCUCCAGAUGUUCUACCUCUGUCCUUCAGGGGGAGGGGCUUGGAUGUCCUGACUCCGCCCACAGUUGGACCAAAAACUGUUUAGGUUAAAGCCACAAAGGAUGACAGUGUUUUAAGUUGUUGUUUUUAAAAGUGUUGUUUGUUUAAUGGUGUAAAAACUUCCGACAGUCAUCAGAUCUAAUUUAUGAAAGUACUUUGUCUUUAUUGAUUAUUAAUUGAUUACUAUAGACUAAUUGAUUGUUAUAGCAGAGAAUUUGAGUUUGAUCUACGGAAAUUCUCGAACGCACAGUUUGUCGUUUCUACCACUAGAGGUCUCUGAGGUAAAAUAAGAACAAAAGACGCAGGAGAUGGUCACGUGACGUGUUUUCACAGUUUUCUUCACAUUAUGUUGCAUCUGUUUUGUCUUUUACGUCAUUUUUUGGUUUUGUUUCAUCUUUUUACAAAGCAGCGUCUUCUGUCGAUUCCACUUUUGACAACAAACAUGUAAAUAUGCAAAGAAAAUAGUCUUCAGCCACAUCAGCGACUGGAGUCACAUGACUUGAAAGUGUUUCUAUGUAAUGUUACAAUUCUAAUUCUGACCAACAGGGGGCGACGAAUCCACCCUAUGAACCCACAGACUG